GUGCGCCACAGCUCCUGUGUGAAAGUGGAUGCGCGUUAUGAGGACUCUUAAGCUGUGCAAGCUCGUUCCAAUCAUCCUUCUGUGUUCCUUCUGCAGUGUGGUCUUCUGGAUAUUCCACUUUAACAAUAAUGUAAUCCCACAGCCCUCAUAUAGGAUUUCUCAAAAAAGGUCAGAAAAAACAAUUAUGUCAUUUAAUUCUUUCAGAGACGAUGUAGUAAUUGCCAAGGCACUGGAAAACUACUCAGACAAAUGGAAAAAACACAAGGCAAACUUUACAAGAUUCAGGUCAUUACUUAGUAGCAAAUGCCAUGCUGUGUCAAAGGCUGUGGUCACACAGAAUAACACCAAACUCGGGUCAAAUGUUAAUUAUGAUGGACAGAGCAGAAAGCCACUAAAGGUGACACAAGAACUGUUCAACAUUUUGCCUAAGGAGCAGCCCUUUGGAAAUGCAACCUGGGAGUCAUGUGCUGUGGUGGGGAAUGGAGGUAUUCUGACCAAUAGCAGCUGUGGAGAAGAAAUAAAUUCAGCCCAGUUUGUCAUUCGAUGUAACCUUCCACCACUGGAUAAGAGAUAUGAGAAAGAUGUGGGCAACAAAACCAACCUGGUGACUGCAAAUCCCAGCAUCCUUCAUGAGAAGUACAGUGGACUUAUGGAGCGUCGUCGUCCAUUUUUGGAAAGCCUUCGUCCUUAUGGACAAGCCUUAUUGCUGUUGCCAGCCUUCUCCUACAGUCAGAACACACCUGUAUCCUUGCGUGCCUUUUACACACUCGAGGACUUUGGCAGCAACAGCCAUCUGCCAGUUUUCCUGAAUCCGGAAUACUUGAGGAUGUUGUCAAAGUUUUGGCGUGAACGAGGCCUUAACUCAGUUCGUCCAAGCACAGGACUCAUCGUGGCCAGCUUAGCACUAGAAAUCUGUUCAAAUGUCCAUUUGUAUGGUUUUUGGCCUUUUAGUAAACAUCCAUAUGACAGUCAGCGGAUCACCAACCAUUACUAUGAUAAUCGAGAGAGCAAUAAGAAUGUGCAUUCGAUGCCAACCGAAUUUGAACAUUUAAUGAAACUUCACAAGCAAGGCGUGAUUCGCAUACACCUUGGCGAAUGUCAACCCACUCACAAUUAAAACAUGAGACUGGCUGGAAACUAGGCCUUGCCUGUAAUGUACUGUACACCUCUCAGUUUAAGGAGUACUACAGACUACAACAGGCCCCUUGGAUGGGUGUCUAGAAAGACACAGCUGUGAAUGCGCACUGAAUUUAUAUAGACUAUGUAGCUGUGAACAUUUGCUCAUAGAGGCAGCCAUGACCAUGCACAACAAAAUCAUGUUUGGUU